GGGAGAAGUAGGUGUAUAUGACAAUGUACAAAUGAUAACGUUAUGCCUGUAACUCACACAUCUUACACGAAGAGGGACAUGCUUCAGCUAUUGUUGAUUCAUCUUGUCUGACCUGUUGAAGAUGGAGGAAGAGUUGGAUUCUCAAGGAAGUGUGACUUCUGAAGUCAAGCCAGAGGAAGUCAAGAAUGAUGUCCCAAAAACAAACUUUGAACAAACAGAUGGAAAAGAUGAAUGUGGACCACAAAAGAAUGACACAACAAAAGACUGUGCACUAAUGGAGAGCAUGCAAGAUGAUGCAGCAUCUCAGACUUCAGUGGACUGUGGUUCUGCAGGUGGGCUGGAUGAAUCUGUUCUUGCCGACAGCAGUAGUGACACAGCUCUAACACUCUGCUCUAAUGGGCAGAAAUCUAAAAGGUCAUCUUCACCUGGUUAUCACCCUGUUAAAACAACCUGUGUUGCUGCACACUCUUCAAAUCCAAAACUCACUCUCAGUCUUAGUAAUAGUCCCAGGAAAGGUGUCAGUACACCCACCAGUGAUGUGGAGAUGCUUAGUCCGGACAGCCCCAUUUGUAAAACCACGUUCGGUAACAGCUCUGCAGACAAGGAUCACGAUGGCAGUGCUUGUGCAGAGGACUCUCAGCAGUUUGUCAAAUACUCUAAUUCUGGAUGUUCUGCCAAAGAAAAAGUCCAUCUGGUUGCCAUGGGAAGUGAGGAUGCUGAGAAAGCUGAGUACAGUGGCUCAUCUGAUAUGAGUCAAGACUUAAUUGGAAGCCAGUCGGGUGCACUUUUUGAAAGCGUUUCAUUCGCAUUGCAUAACAUGGACAGAGGAUGGCUGGGGACACCCAUAGAUGAGCUGAACAGAAUGCCUCAGUGUGCCCCCCCUCUGUCUCACUUGAAAGCAAUGCUUAACCACACUGUCACAGUCAGGACAGAUCUCCUCAGAGAAGGUGAGGUCCCUGUUUCAUAUCCUAGCAAGUUCAAAGAUGCGUGGGACGAUGUGUCCGUGAAGAUGCCUUGCUCUGAGAAGAAUCUGUUUCCUAUGGAGACUGAGGAUGGAAGUGGUGUCCAAAGUCGGUGGGAGCUGAUCCACACUUCCUUGCAGGGAGGGUUCAAAAGUUCUCUGGACGUGAGGGAUGCUAUAUUAAGAUACAACAUAGCCCAUGCAAAGAAAUGGGACUUCACUGCCCUGAACCUUCUGUGCACAGAGUAUCUUGAGCAGUCAGAGUUACAACUCCUGUUUGACGCUCUACUGCCAGCCAUGGUUGACCUAGCACUCAGUGCUCCUGUCCUCUGCACAAUGCCAAUUGCCCUCCUGAAAUCAAGGAUGAACCAGUCCCUUACUCUGUCUCAGGAGCAAAUAGCCUGUCUUCUGGCCAACGCCUUCUUCUGCACAUUCCCCCGACGCAACUCCCGCAAGUCGGAGUACUGCAAUUAUCCUGAGAUCAACUUCUACAGGUUAUUUGAAGGUUCGUCACCAAGAAAAAUUGAGAAAUUGAGAACUCUGCUGUGCUACUUCAGGAGAGUUACACAGACCAAGCCCAAGGGUCUUGUUACAUUCACAAGACAAUCACUGAACAAUCCUCCAAACUGGGAAAGUUCUCAGACUCUUCUGAAGCGCCUACAUAUCACUUGUGAAGGAACGAUUGAGGAUGAUGGCUACGGGAUGCUGCAGGUGGACUUUGCAAACCGGUUAGUUGGUGGUGGAGUAACAGGACAUGGACUGGUCCAGGAAGAGAUCAGGUUCCUCAUCAACCCUGAACUCAUCGUCUCUCGCCUCUUUACUGAAGCUUUGGAAUACAAUGAAUGCCUCAUCGUCACAGGUACUGAACAGUACAGUAAAUACUCUGGCUAUGCUGAGAGUUUCAAGUGGAAGGCCAGCCACAAGGAUGAGACUGCCAGGGAUGACUGGCAGAGACGAUGUACAGAGAUUGUGGCCAUUGAUGCUCUCAGAUUCAGGCACUUCCUUGAGCAGUUUCUCCCUGAGAAGAUGACCAGAGAACUCAACAAGGCAUACUGUGGAUUCUUCAGAAACAACGUCAACAGCAAGCACCUCCCUGCAGUAGCCACAGGCAACUGGGGCUGUGGAGCCUUUGGUGGAGACACACGGCUCAAAGCGCUGAUUCAGUUGAUGGCUGCAGCAGAGGCUGGGAGAGACGUGGCGUACUUCACAUUUGGAGAUGCUCAGCUUAUGAGGGAUGUUCAUGAAAUACACACUUUUCUCACCGAGAGACAAGUCACCGUCGGGAGGCUGUACAGCCUUUUGAACCAGUACUCCAGUUUGAUGUGUAAGAAUUGCCGCACGACGCGACCUGACGUCAGCCUCUACAGUUUCAUCUAUGAGAGAGUCUCUUCCCCUCCACCCGCCGACGCCCCAGACUCUGCUAAGGAUUCUGGGAUGUCCUCUCUAACAUCAGACUCUCAUUAAUACGGACAGAGCUGCAACUUAACCUCCCUCCCCGUGUCUCUACGUGUAAAAGAGACUCCAGGUUCACAAAGCCUCAAUGUGCUCUCAGUCUUGUGCUUACAAUCACUUUUUCUCUCACACACACACACACACACACACACACACACACACACACACACACACACACACACACACACACACACACACACACACACACACACACACACACACACACACACACACUCCCACUCCCUUUAAGUUUGUGAUCCCAACACACAAACUACCAAACACACAGUUUUGCCUUUCUCGUUGGUGGUAUUAUAGGAGCCUCGUAGUAUGUCACCUACAUGUGGUGACAUGUUUCAGAGACUUAUAGCAAUAGUAAAUCCAGGUUGCUGUUAGGCCUUUCUUUAGUCUAAAUGUGAUGUGGAAUUAUUUAGUUUUUACACUAAUUACAAAUAUGGCCAAAUAUUCAUCAUAUGCAUGGUUGUGUACACUUCAUUAUUAUAUAAUCCAGGACACGAUGAUCAUCCCUAAUUAUCUUGUCUUAUAUUGUGUUUGCUUCUUUUUUGGCUUAGUUGUCUUCUCUAUUUGCCAUUCCCAGGCUGUGGUGAUGUUCCUGAAUGCAGAGAUAUAAGAUGCCAUACUGUAGUCUAUGCAUGGGUAACAUUUAUUUAUCAAAUAUUCUACAAACAUAUGCUGCUCUUUUAUAUCCCCUAGGAGGUAAGAUGUUCAACUCACAUAUUGUACUUAUUUUAAUGAGUCAAAACCAACUAUAAAAUGUCCCCGUUAUGAGAAUCAACUCAGAUGAAACAGAUGCAUUUAAUUUAUGCUGAUUUCCAUCUUCAUAUCUUUAAUUAUAUUCUAGUAGUUUAAUCAUUUAUUUUUAAAAUAUAAUCAGUGUUAAGCACAGCAUUGCUACUGUACUGUAUAUACAUUUCAAUAAAGGGGAAGCAGAUAUAGAAAUAAUUGCACGCAAAAUAUUUUUUUUCUUUUUUUAAUUUUUGUUUUUUAUUAUUUACUGUAUUUUCCGAUUGACAGUGUGGGUUCUAUUUAAUGAUGGGUUCAUAAAUAAAAUGAAAGGCUGUAAAUGUC